AUGAGCGAUAGGCAUCCUUGGGACAUAUACGCCGACAGCCUCUUCCACCUCGGCUUUGGGUAUCCUCUGUGGAAGCCUGAUCCCGCGCCAGGUUGCGGAGAGGUUGACAUCGGUGAUGUCGGAUGGCUGGAGAAUGGCGAGUUUCACAAACUUUUUAACACCACGAAGGCCCCCGACGAUCCUCAGCCGAGAGGCAUUCCCGACGGCUACAGAACAUUCGAUGUGGAGCGUGCGUUUAUUCAUGGGCCCCGGGAGGAGAUCCAGCAAUCCGUGCUAUGCAGCCGGAGCAUUGAACGUCUUGACGCAUCGGCAGGCUUAACCGCAGCCCCCUCAUCAUUACCUAGUUUCACAUUCGAAUGCUCUGACGACUCUGGCGCGAUGCUUGUUCUGCAUCCCUCUGCCGUCUCCAAGGACAUCAAGUCCAGGAAGCACGUCGUUGCCUAUAUUCAAUCGCAUUUUCCUGAAUGGAUGGAGUUUGCGAACGGGAGAUUCGGACUGGUACUCAAAGAUGAGCAGCUCAUGUUCGUAUGCGGGACGACCAAGACCAGCAGAUGGGCUGUCGCCGCCUUUCAUGGAAGUUACUGCAAAAAGCAAGGGUCAAUCUCUGCUAACCUCAGCUCCACAUUCGCGUUCGACUUUUCCCUGGCUAUAGCGAACGUCCAGCUCCCUGCGGCCUUCUACAGAGUCGGUCCGCCUCAGAAUGGCACCCACAGCUCAAUCCCCGGACGAGCUAUGUCAGACGUAACCAGGGACAUAUCGUGGACUCAGCGCGAUGCAUUGAACAACGACCCUCUGUCUCACAAAUUCGAUCAGUGUAUCUUCAUCCACUACUUCAAGGCGAAACGUCGAACGUUUCUGCCCCUCCAAGUACUACGUGCUGGUGCUGGGCCAGAUCAACUGCCGCCCGGAUCGGAUGACAUACGUGACGGCAAGACACCGAUCACAGCUCAUCAUACAAUGCCAGAUCGCGGCGAAGCGGAAUAUGAACUCUUCCCCCCGUCUCAAAAGGUUUGGGCGCCAUCUGUCCAAUGCCAUAGUCAAGAUAUUGACUCGCUGACUAUAGCCUCAUGA